GAGUGAACUUUAACCAGUCACUAUCAGGGAAGUCAGGUGAACUUUGAACUCUGUGUGAGUGACAGCGGCAGUGAGAAAAGACUCUGUUUCACCUGAAAUGUGUUUCUUAUUCCACCGACAUGACAGUGCACUCGCUCUGUUGUUAUGAGUGAAGGCUUGGUGACUCGAUUUAGGAAAGAUGAGGCAGAACAUGUUUCAGGAAGGACUGUACCAUGUGUUUUUUAACGAUUCACCUUCAGCCCGCCCACAGACUCAGAUCACCAGUCACCAGGAUGUGCACAGCGCCAGGAUUCAUCGCUGGUUCUCCACCUUGGUGAACACCAGACUGUUAAUCACUGGGGUGGUUCAACUUGUCGCUGCUGUAGCCUGCAUUCUAACCACGGUCACCCAUGCCUGUGUGAGCUACAACUGCUCUGUCGCCAUGACAACACCAGUGUGGUCAAGCCUGUUUUACGUGGUUGCUGCGUGUCUGGCAAUGGAGGUGCAAAGAAGACCAAACAAAUUAAAAAUCAUGGUCCUGAUGGUUCUGAACGUCUUCACUCUGCUGUUUGGAUUCUCUGCUCUCCUGGCCAACAGUCUCACGUCCAUACAACCUGUCGCACUCAACACCAACCAGCAGCGCGUCGGCUCAUACGUCGCUAAAGGCAGCUCUAUAGCAUUUUGCAUACAGUGUUCCCUGUCAUCGCUUUACAUUCUCUUCCUGUCCUGGAGUGGCCUGCGUCGCUAUAGCAACGCUCACACUCAGCCCUACAGCCGCCUCGCACAGGAUCCAGAUGAAACCACUGGACCUUUAGUGGAACAAGUGGAGUUUAAUCUGUGAAACUCACUCACUCAUAAAUACUGUAUAUUUUUGAAUGUUCACUCAACUGUCCUUUUGUAAACUCAGUCGUUGUUGUUGAUAUGAACAGUUUGUAAACUACUGAUUUAUUAUUAAUUUCUUAAAUGUAAUAAAGUUCACAUGUUAAACUUC